GCCAUUUCUACCGCUGCGUUCCUGUCAACUUCCGAUUAUCCAGCAUCACAGCCCUGUUCGAAUAGGUGCGAUUUAUUAGACACAAAGAUGGCUUCUGCAGUUGCUAUGGGCCUGGGUGUUGCCACCGCGGCUUUUCUGGGUCGCGCUGGAUACGUUGCGCUGCAGCGUUACCGAGGCGGUGUUAAUAAGGUGGGACGCGCAUUCUACAAGGGAGGCUUUGAACCUAAGAUGACCCGCCGCGAGGCCUCCCUGAUUCUGGAACUCUCAGAGCGAACUCUGACCAAGGACAAAGUCCGGAAAAACCAUCGACAGCUGAUGCUGCUCAACCAUCCUGACCGAGGCGGCAGUCCGUACUUGGCCACGAAAAUCAACGAAGCGAAGGAGCUGCUCGACAAACAUGUAUGAUGCUGCACAGAAGGUGCAAUGGAUGUGGUGUAUUAUAUAAUGGGGGGUUGUGUGAUUGAUUGUGUAUACGUAUUGUUGGCAUAGCACGGCGUUUCUGUGGUAUUUGUGAUUGAAGCAUGCCUUUGCUUAUUCAUUACUGAUAUCGCCUCUCAUGAAUUUACUCAAAUUGUCUUCUUUACUGUCGCUUGCUCGACACCGUUAACAUACCACCUAUGCUAGCACCCAGCAACUAGAGACGCGAUAUAACAUAUGUAAAAUACAUAAUAUAUAGAUACUCCAUAGUCCAAGCCCGGCCACAAGACAUAUGCUAUCAACCAUCCUUCA